ACGAAAAUGGUUAUUCUUUAUACAGGCAACAGGCUCGAACCUUUUUCAUGUCGAAAAUGAGUUUGGCGAGGCCAAGCUUCCACAUGAAGCUCAACGUCCGGGAAUCUGGGGAGUAGAACAAGCUUCGACAUCAUCAGAAAAAAAUUCUAGAGAUAAUCUUGCUUCCUUGUACCGUCCUCCCUUUGCUAUGAUGCACCAUGGGCCCUUUGAGAAGGCGAAAGAAGCUGCUUGUGGCCAAGACAGAUGGCUUCUGGUGAACGUGCAAUCGACCAGGGAAUUUAGCUCACAUUUGCUCAACCGCGAUACUUGGGGCAAUGAAGUUGUUGCUCAAAUAAUCACCUCUAAUUUUAUUUUCUGGCAGGUAUGUGAUGACACCGAAGAGGGCAGCAAGAUAGUUACAUACUACAAGCUGGAUUUUGUUCCUGCAACUCUAGUAAUUGACCCCAUCACAGGUCAAAUUAUGCGUGUAUGGUGUGGAAUGAUCCAACCGCAAAGUUUACUAGAGGACGUGUUACAAUAUGCCGACAGUAGCCCAAAGGAUCAUCAUUCUAGCUUGUCUGUCAGACAUCCAAUGAUAGGACGUGUUAGUGUUACAAUAGCAGUUGUUGCUGUGGUCAUUCUGUGCUUCAACAUGCGACGAUGAAAAGCCUUUUUGAUUGACUCAAACUAUUCCCAAGGCCGUGAAGGACUUUGAUUAUGACGACAAGAUGUUAUUAUGUUAACAUUUGAUGGUGAAGUUUAAGUGUCGUUUGACUGCUGCUACUGUUACGUAUCUUAUUUAUUUUAUAUUUUAGUUUUAUUACUAUUGUUAAGUCAAGGAAUUAGGAUGUUAUUUUGGUUUAGUUUGGGGGUGUCUUGUGUAAGUGUCUUGUUUAUUUAAUUGGUUUACGUAUGGAAUGAAAAUCAACCAGAAUUUGAGUCAAA